CUCGCGUAAGAAGACGAUUGGGUCGGUGGUGGUCAUAGGUCAGUGAUAACAUAUCUUCAUCGGAAUGACUGACAAGGUUCUUCUAUAUUCUUACUGGAAGAGCUCCUGUUCUUCGAGAGUGCGAAUAGCACUUGCUUUGAAAGGAGUGGACUAUGAAUAUGUUCCUGUGAACUUGACCAAGGAUGGAGGAGAACAGUUUAAGGAAGAGUACAGGAAAAUCAACCCCAUGUCCCAGGUUCCAGCAAUUUUUAUUGAUGGAGUUGUACUCAGCCAGUCAGUUCCUAUAAUUGAGUAUUUGGAUGAGACCCGACCAGAUCCCCCACUUUUGCCGAAAGAUCCCAAAGAUAGAGCAAAGGCUCGCAUGUUGGUAGAAGUGAUAAACUCUGGCAUCCAGCCUCUUCAGACCUCCAGGAUACUUAAGGUAUUUGGUGACAAGAAAGAGGAAUGGGCAUGCUCCAUGAUAUCAGACGCCUUUGUGGCUUUGGAGCAGACGCUGCAAGACACAGCAGGUCGCUAUUGUGUUGGCAAUGAAGUGACAAUAGCAGACAUAUAUCUUGUUCCACAAGUUAUAAAUGCAAUCAGGUUUGGUGUGGACAUGAGCAAAUAUCCAACAAUAAGCAAAAUUAAAGAUGCCUUAGAGGUCUUGCCAGCCUUUGUGACUGCUCAUGAAACAAGGCAGCCGGACACUCCAGACGAUCAGCAAGCAAAAUAAAUAUUUUACAGAUAAAUGAUCUUCACGUCAGCAUUUUCAGCACCUGGGACAAACAAAUCAAUCAUCACAUCUUUGUCACCAUCAGUUGCAAUGCUUGUUCAUUUGUUUUAGAAGAUAAAUCAAAAGGAGACUAAAGAAUUUGUACAAUAAUUGUUGUUAAUUCCCUCGCCCGGGCAAAACCAUUUCAAAAACCGCCCACAAGAAUUUCCACUUUUCAAUAGUAAAGAAAAACAGCAAGAGACUGCAUGGUGUUGGUUCUUAGUGAGACCAGGGUGGCCACCUCUCCCUACUUUCCCCAUCAGUAUAUGCCUGCUUCAUGUUCCACUUUAAACCUUUAUGUGUCCUAAUUUGGAUCCUUAAUUAUUUUUCAAAAUAUCUCUAUUCUUUCAAAACUAUGCUAAGAAGUAGGCAUGAUUUAGCAGCUAAGUCCACCACUAGCCUCAGUUUUUCAGUUUUUUUAUUUUUUGUUUUGUUUUUCUGUAAAAGAACAGAAAUGGUAAUUUGCUCUGUGACUUAAACAUACACAUGGUUAAGUGCAUCCCUUGUCCAGCCUGUAGACGGUACCUGAACUCUUUUGCAGUGUCAUUUAGUUAGUCUGUUUCUGCUGUCAUUCACCAGGUUGUUUCUUAGUGCAAGGCUGAUGAUAUUUGUUAUUAUCACUGGCUAUUUGUUAUGCACCUGUAGUCAGACAUAGCUGUGACUUUUGUAAACAUGGUUCUUGGCCAGAAAUAUGUAAUGAUGGCCGUUGUUGUUAACCUUGUCAGCAUGAAAUUUGCAUUUUACACAUAAUGUGAUGACUGUAUAAACAGACUUUUUUGCUUGCUAUUUUGAGAGCGGUUGUUAAAUUCAGCUCAUGUGUAGCUAAACUACUCAGGUAAUCUAAAGUAUGCCAGUUAUAAUCUGUGAUGCUUGAUAAACAUGCAUGGUACAUUUUCGUAAUAUUCCAAGAACUUCCAUUUGACUGAUCUGUGAUUCUUCUUCAAUUGUCAUUGAUUUUUAAGUUACAGAAUCAAAGCAUUAUUGCUAAUAAACGUACGAAAAAAAUGA